GCUAAUGCAAGUUCUCUUCCACCGUCGGAUUACAGCCGAGGCAGCACGCCACAGGACGGUUACCGAGCAAUAAAACGUCGAAUAAAACCAAGACUUCCCAUUCCAGUUAUCAAAGUGAGUAGAGAGGACUCUACUUUAAUAGGGAAAUGGAUCAGUCUUUACCAAGCCAUCAGCAAAGAGGAGCCCCUCAGGAUGCCGUACCAGUUGGGACCUUUGGGCAGGGUAAUGUUCCUCCUUUGGAGAGAGGCAUCAUCAGCGGUGACAACCUCCAGUUUGGGAGGCUGCGGCAUCGCACCAGUUUGUCCCAGUCAGAGAGCCAAAGCUCUGGGGCUGAAGAUGAGAGGUUGAGCUCCUCCAUUGAGGCAAGCGGCUCCUAUGGUCAAAGCCCCAUCCUCCAGGGCAUGCAGGCAGAGGGAAUCUGGUACAACCGCAAUGCCUAUGAGCAGGCCGAGAGCAACUACCAACGCCGGCUGACCUCUAAUAACAACGGGCCACUGUCAUCUUCUCCGCGGAGCUCAAACAGAGGUUCCUUGACCUUCCACUCAAGACGCACCAACAAACAGCAGCAGGAUCAGGGACACCCUGUCACCACAGUGAAGGCCUCUGGUACCCCUCACCGUCAGUACAGUAGAGGCCGCAAUCGCACCUCCUCUGAGACUGAGCACGGGGGCAAAGGCAGCAGGGGGCCAAACCAGAGGAAGAGGGGCCCCUCUGAGACGGAAAGGCCCAGAUGGGACAAUACCAACAUGAGUGGACUGCAGUGCCUCGCCUCAGAGAACAUCUGGUUCGACAAACACAGCUACGAUGAGGCGGAGAAGCGCUUCUACGAGGGCAUCAAUGGCCCCUCCCCACAGCAGCAACAGGUGAAAGCGACCCUGCAGCAGGCCAAAGGGCGCCAGCAGAAAAGGCAGCACAGAAAUUCAUCCUCACAUGCAGGAGGAGACCAGGAGCUGGUUUCACGCAUGAAGAGCCUGGAACUGGAGAACCAGACUCUGCACAAAGUGGUGGAGGAGAUGAGAGCAGCCCUGCUGAAGCUGGAGACCAGAGUGGCUGUGCUGGAAAAGACGCCUGCACCAGCAGCUAUCCCAUGUGCUAAGGCUGCACCUGUCCAGGCUGCCCCUGUCAAACAGGUGAAGGUGGAAAAUGGCGAUGACGAUGACGACAUCGACUUGUUCGGCAGUGAUGAAGAAGAUGAGGAGGCAGAACGCCUCAAGCAGGAGCGCCUUGAUGCCUAUGCAGCCAAGAAGGCCAAGAAACCUGCCAUCAUUGCCAAGUCAUCAAUCCUGUUGGACGUUAAGCCUUGGGACGACGAGACAGAUAUGGUGAAACUGGAGGAGUGCGUACGCUCCGUGCAGAUGGAUGGGCUCCUGUGGGGAGCAUCCAAACUGGUGCCAGUGGGCUACGGCAUCAAGAAGCUGCAGAUCAGCUGUGUGGUCGAGGACGACAAAGUCGGCACUGACAUCCUGGAGGAGGAGAUCACCAAGUUUGAGGACUUUGUCCAGAGUGUAGAUGUUGCUGCCUUCAAUAAGAUCUAAGCUCCACCAGCUCUUUAGCCUGCUCCACCAAAGUGUUGCUGCUGCUCCCGGCUUUCACGGUUAUUAAAAAGCUAAGCUUUGAGCACAAA